GUAGUGCCAAAUGGAGGUGUACACUUGGAGAAAGAAGAGCACACUUGUCAUUGUAGGACUUGAGACUUUAUAGUUCUUUACCUGUUUUAUUUCUAAACAAAGACAUAAGAUUUGUUUUUGCGGCAUUGGUUUCUUUUUUUUAAUUAUUUUAUAUAUCUAUAUAUUUUUUCAUUGAAGUACUUACAUCUGCUUUGUGGACAUUAUCAGCUGUGACUGUUUGCCUUACACCGGCUUUGCAUUGCUUGGUACUGGUUUGGGCUGCCGUCAUGACUUCUGUGGAAACUAGUCCUGGAUUUAAUUUAAUUCAGGUCAGGAUUGAGUCUCUAAGCAGCAAAAUGGACACGCUCAUUAGCAUCCAGGAGAAAGUCCUCAGCCGCCUGGACAGCAUGUCAGAGGAACUCGUCGGGAUAGAAAGAGACAUGGAAACCCUGAAAGUAGAUAAAGAGGAGAUGCCUCCAGCAAGCCGCACUAAGGGACCAACCCGAGGCAUUGGCGGUGAGAUGAAAGAAAUGUGCCAAGAAAUGAGUAGCAUCAUGACGGCUGUAAACAAACGUUCAGAACAGCAGACCCAGAAGCUGGAAGGCAUGGAGAGGCUGGUGAUGGGCAUCCAGCAGGUGGUCAGCUUCAUUGGUGAAACAGUCAAGACUUCCAAAAUCACAGAACUCAUUUUCAAGGGGCCACGCAAAUGCAAAGCGACAUUAACUUCAGGGUGCAAGAACCAGGAUAGCAAACGUAGUGCUAAGAGACAAGCCUUAAGUGAGCCGGUAUCUGGCAAGAAAACUAUCUCUACUAAACUCAAUAAAAGGACAAAAGUAUUAAAUGCGUCACGUGAACCCAGCAGCCUGGAGUCUGCUCAUAAACUAAAGCUUCAUGGACCAAAGCAUUUCGUGUCCUCAAAGAAAUCCUUCAAAUUUCUGCACUCAUCUCUAUCAUUGCACUCAAAAUUGAAGGACCACAAGUUUAAAGAUGGCAAGGAGAAGGGUUGUCUGAGCCCAAAGGGGCUUAAAGCACAGAAGAAAAAGAAGCCCCCAGACACUACAGACUCUGUCUCCAUGAAGAAGAAGGCCCUGUUGUUGGAAGAAGUUCAGAAGCUUAAUAGAGAGAAUGCUAAAUACUCGCUAUCAUGCACAGGAUCAGAGGCUGAGGAGCCUCUCAGCCAAAACCAUCAGAAUAUCAUCCUGGAUCAAGCCAAAGUUCCUCUAGUUGAGCACGAGGAGCCUGAGCCAAACAGCCAGGCGUGUGGCACCGAGCUAAAAGUGGACGAUGAGAAAGCAGAGGAAGAAGAUAUUCAGGAUAAAGAGAUUCAGGAUGAAGUGCAUGAGACGAUUAACAAAUCUGAAGAGGAGAUCAAAAAAGUGCUUGAGGAAGAAAGCAAAGAGGAAACUUCAAUAAUGGUUGAAGCUAUGAAAGCCGAGGAUGCUGUGACAUCACAGAGUUGUGAUCCAGAACCGCUGCACGAAGUCACCACGAGCAGCGAGUCAAAAGGUCUUGAGCUGCAGGUCUGUGAAGAAGAAGCCAAUGAAAACCAAAUGCAGGUUCCAGAAAGUCUGUGUGGCAUUUUCAAAGCAGAUGGAGUCGAAAUUCAUUUAGAUUUCAGCAAAAUUAGGAAAACAGAAGAGGAAUUUGACGACGAUGACGAGUGUGAGCAGUUCUUCAUUGACUGCACCCCUCCACCAGCAGCUCCUUUUAGCCAUCGUUUGGUUUCAGCCAAACCCAACCAGAUCAAAAAUUUCUACACUAUCAACCACCAGGAGAUCAUUGGAGGAGGCCGUUUUGGUCAAGUGCACAAAUGUAUCGAAAAUUCAUCUGGACUCACUCUAGCAGCCAAGGUCAUUAAAGCACGGAGUCAAAAGGAAAAGGAGGUGGUGAAGAAUGAGAUUCAAGUCAUGAACCAGUUAGACCAUGCCAAUCUGAUCCAGCUGUAUGCCGCCUAUGAAUCCAGGAGCGACAUCAUCCUUGUCCUUGAAUAUGUGGAUGGUGGUGAGCUCUUCGACAGAAUUAUUGACGAAAACUACAAACUGACUGAGCUGGACACAAUCAUGUUUGUCAGACAGAUCUGUGAGGGGCUGCGCUAUAUGCACAAAAUGUACAUUAUCCAUCUGGACCUAAAGCCUGAGAAUAUCCUGUGUGUUAGCAGGGUGACAAACAAAAUAAAGAUCAUCGACUUUGGACUUGCAAGAAAAUACGUACCCCGGGAGAAGUUACGAGUGAAUUUUGGCACACCAGAGUUUCUCGCCCCUGAGGUGGUCAACUAUGACUUCGCAUCCUUCAACACAGACAUGUGGAGCCUUGGUGUCAUCACUUACAUGCUUCUGAGUGGUUUGUCUCCUUUCCUUGGUGAUGAUGAUAGUGAGACAUUGAAUAACAUCCUGGUCUGCCGGUGGAACUUUGAGGAAAGUGAGUUCUUAGGUAUUUCAGAGCAGGCCAAGGACUUCAUCUCCAAACUACUUGUCUACAAUAAAAGCUGGAGGAUAGGUGCAAGUGAAGCUCUGAAGCAUCCUUGGCUUUCAGACCCAGUGCUCCAUAGUUACCUGCACAAAAAGAAGAACAUGUGCAAUUCACGUAGAAAUUCCUGUGUGCCUCCACCUGAGAGCUAAUAUCUGGCUUUGUUUAUGCCAGCUGAGGCCAUUUGGACCAAGCCUGCUGUGCUUUUAAUUACUGGAAGUUACUUGUAAAACUAUCUACCUUAUGCUUUUUUGGGUCAUUAGUUGCAAAAAUCUGUGCUAUUCUGAUUACUGAAGUCACAUAUCAUGAUGGAUGGCAUCAUUACUUUUAGUUAAUAACCUAGUCUUCCCAAAGCACCAUACAAUCGUAAAGGGAUAACAUGGAAUUAUUGUUAUGGAAUAGGUGUUACAGUAAUUAGAAAUAAUAAACGUUAGUAUUUGGUUUUAUUUUUGUUUUCACCUUCAGCAUUUGUAAAAUGAUUAAGAGUACCACUGUACAAUAAAUAAGAGAUAAAACACAUAGCUGAUAGCUCACACCUCUGCAAUCUACAAAGCACCAACUUUUAUGGCUCCUCCCCAAACAUUAAAUAAACGGUUCCUUACUUAAAAUUAAUCAUGUCAACCAUUGUUAAUUAAGAGCAUUUUAUUAAUUAUAAUUUGUUAUUAUAGAAAUGAGGAUAUUUUAGAACAAGUGUAUCAAUAUAGGUACAUCUGUAAUUUGUCAUAGAAUAAAUGUUAUUGAAUGUAAUAUUAUAAAAAUCUGUAUGUAUAAAAGGGAUAAAAUUUUAUGAUUGGAAUUACCAGAGGGCAUUUAGAGUGUUGUAAAUGUGUGUCAGGUGUACUACGUGCAUCACUUAAGCAUGGUAUUGAAAGCAACAAGCAUGAUAUUCAGACAGCAACAAAACAAGAAACCUUUUGAUAUUGUUAAUGUAUGAUGACUUAUGAUAGAGAUCUUGAUAAAAAAAUAAUCUAUAUUAUAUCCUAUUAUUUUGGGGAUGCAUGAUCUCUUGCAGUGUUUUUGUACAUAUAUAUAAUUUUUUUUUCUGUAAUGGUGCAGUAUGAUCUUUUUCCCAGUGUGUAAAGACAUAGAUAUUCAAGCUUCCUGAUUCACUGUACUGUAAAAUCUGAUUUCAUUUUUAAAGUAUAAUCUUUUUAGAUUUAUUGGAUGAUGCUUUACAUCUUUUUGUAAUUAUACCCGGAAUAAACAUUCAUUUUUCAUGUGCUUUUUUUUUAGAUGUCCAAACACUAUUUGUUUUCUUUCUUUCUUUCUUUCUUUCUUUCUUUCUUUCUGAUUUUAAUUAGAAGUGAGUUAGUGAGUAAACAUCUGAGUUAAUAACUGAAAAAAAAAAAUGUCUAUGAUGUUCUGUUAAACUGCAUUUUGUGCACUUUAUGACUUUAUUUAUUUUUACAGCUUUACAAAAUUAACAACAAAUAAAAUUUCAACAGA